CCAACCUAUCGUUACAGGAAAUUUAUUAAAUUCCCAAUAAAAAGUAUAAGCAAAGUUAAGCAUCUAGGAAAAGAUAUACUACUAUGGACAAAAGGAGUUCGGAUUCAUUAAAACAGGUGCCUUUGGUUUCAAUACCUAUGAAAUCGUAUCCUUUAGAAAUGCGUUUUCCAACUGAUUCCCAAAGACAAGUAGAACAUCCAGCAAACAUGAAUUUUUCAGGGUUUAGAGUAAGUAGCUUGGGUUUUAAUAAUUCUUAUAUUUCUUUUUAGAACACAAUCUAACUAUAUGAUAUUCUUUUGUCCAACGGGUUUCCAGAGUCAGUUACCUUUGGUUGCUAUUUCAGUGAAACCAGAGGAAGCUUUUAAUAACACAGGUUAUUCAACGUUAACCCAGGUUACUCAACGUUGUGAUGCCAUAGGACAUAUGCCACCUGUUGAAAAUCUUGCAACUCCAACUCCAAUUGAUCCGAAAAAACUAAAGCCUGCUACUGUAGUCAUACUGAAUCACGAGAAAUUCAAUGAUAGUACCCUACAUCGGGCUGGCAGUUCUAUGGAUGUCCAAUCUCUGGACAAAACAUUCAAAAAACUUGGAUGCUCCAUAGAAACUAUUAAUAAUCCUGGUUUAAAUGAAGUGACAUCAACCCUUCUUAAUUUAUCCAAAAGGGACUUCAAGCUGCAAUCUGCAUUGAUUAUUGUUAUCUUGAGCCAUGGUAGCCCAAAGGAAAAAAUUACAGCGUCUGAUAAUCGAGAGUAUGAUUUGGACACUCACGUCGUCCACCCAUUACUUGAAAACCCGUCCUUGAAAGGAAAACCUUUAAUUCUAGUAGUUCAGGCCUGCAAAGGCGUUUGGGAAGCGGACUCGUCAGUGUUUCGAAAAGAUCCUUUGGGGAUCAUGAAGUGUUACAGCACCACCGAAGGAUUUUUAAGCUUCCGCCAUGGAAUGACAGGCUCGAUUUACAUUCAAACCUUUUGCGAGGUCAUGAAUAAAGAUGCAUUAACCAAAGAUUUCCGGGCUAUCGUCAAUGAUGUUAACAAACAAGUGAUUACCAAAUCAACAGAAAAUAAGAAUAAACAAGUGCCAUCGAUAACAUCUACUCUAUAUGAACCUUACUGCUUUGGUGAUUUUUUAUAGGAUAACGAAUUUAUAGAUUUUAGAGUUUAUUAUAGAAACUAUUUUGAUAUUACGGUACAAAUAAAAUAGCUUUUAAGCUAACAGGAUAUUAGGAUUAUCCCAUCAACUUAAAAGCAAUUAUUAUCUC